GCUACGGAGAAAGCGUCGCUCUCUCCUCAUCGGUCUCCACGGAAGAGAACCCGUCGAGAAAAGCCCAAAGCGACACUCCCACGCACCCGCUCGGAGUUUGCACAGUGUCAUGGCAGUUCCCGUGAAAUCGUUCGGCGGUGUUCGGACGAGGAUUCGAGCGAGUUUUAACGCAGUCAGGGUGCCGAACCUGAGGGUUAAAGAUUAGUUAGCAUGCUAGCCGGUUAGCGGUCUCAUCGGGACGCCUUCUGGCAGGUUCUGAGAAGACAUGGGCAAGCUCCAGAGCAAGUUUCGCAAGAGGUCUGAGCUGUACAAGGCCUCAGAGGGUGAAAGGUCAGACAGCGCAUUAGAUAGUCAGGUUGUUCAGCAUGAGCCGGCCCAUCGCGGGUCUGUCAAUACAGUCACCAACCUCAGCGCAGACUUGUGUGUUUCUGGAGGCACCGACCAGGCAGUGGUGGUGUAUGACUGGAAACAAGGCCGUAUGUGUCAGUCCUUCCAGGGUCAUGACAGAGAAAUUACCAAGGUGGUGUGUUAUCCUGGUAGCACAUGGGUCUUCAGCGCCUCACGGGACAAAACUGUUCUCAUGUGGGACCUGAACCAGGGUGACGAGCCCAUUCAGGAGUUUAGCGGGCACCAGUUGGUGGUCAACGGGCUUGCCGUCAGCCCUGAUGGGAGGAAACUCUGCACAGGGUCCCGUGACAACUGCAUGUGCCUGUGGGACAUCGAAAGUGCAAAAUGUGAGCAGAGACACAAUAUCUCCAGAAAUCUGGUGACUCACGUGUGCUGGGUGCCAGGCAGCUCCUCGAUCGUCCAAACAUCGGAGGACAAAACCGUACGGGUGUGGGACAGCCGUGCAUGGCAGGUGACCAACACGUUUCCGGCCAAGCAAUACAUCCAGACGCACUGUGACGUUUCUGACAAUGGAAAUUACCUGGUGUCCAGCAGCAAUGGUUUUGGAGGUCAAGGCUGCGAGGCCACGUUGUGGGACCUGCGUCAGCCGGGCUGUAAGGUGGUGGAGUACCGGGGUCACUUGCAGACCACCGCGUGCUGCGUCUUCCUGCCUGUGUCACUGGGGGGCAGCGGCGGCGCCGCUCUGGUGGCCACGUCUUCACACGACAGCUCCGUCAAAGUGUGGGACCAGAACUCAGCAGUGUGUUUAGCCACAUUGUCACUAGAUGGUGCCGGUCCUUUGGUGUCAUUGGCGCCCAGCGACUCCUCCAAUGUGCUGUGUGCCAGCUUCAACAGUGGACUCCAUCACGUGCAGAUUCUCCAACCAUCAGGGACCGCUUCAGCCGGAGCCAGUGAUAUGGACAUUAGAGUGGUGGCCCGCUUCUAAAAGGGUCACAAAGAGUUGGAGCCCAUCCCAGCUAAAUUGAGAGCAUAUAGACCGGAAACAGCCUGGAGUGGUCACCAGUUCGUCGCAGGAUUGUAAAUGGAGACAAUGACUUUGAAUCACACAAUGUGAAGUACGACAGGAUCUAUGACUCAUUUUGGUGGAUCUGAUCUGUCAAAAACUUGAAAUACUUUUUAAAUGAUGCUGUCAUCACACCAAAGCCAAAUAGAAUGUAGAAACGUGACAUACAGAUUGCUUUGAAUAAUUGUUUUUAAAGAGGAGCAUGUUUUAAAAAAUGACAAUGCAGAACUAUGCAAUUAGGUUUAUAGAAAAAUGGUACUAUGAAGAAAUCGCAGAGAAAUCAUUGCAAAUGCAAAAUAAAAGUUGCUGUCAACAGGCUGUUUGAGUGAUAUGCAACACAUGUCUGUGGUCAGCAGUUUGUAUGGCCUACACGAGUACCUGUAUGCACUGUGACUUGGCAGGGCAGUAAUUACAACUAACGUCUUCGUGUUCCUUUGUGCACUCUACAAUGGCAUUUUGAUCUCCCGUAAAGGAUCAAAGUAGUAUAGUAUGUGAAAACAGGUCAGGUCAAGACAAAAAAAAAAGUUUUUCACCAUCAAGAAUAUUUUGUAUUUCAAACAAGACAAAGCCAUUCCACAAAGAACCACCACAGGUCAUCUUGAUAGGAAGACAGGAUGCACUUUCUAUUUCAAUUGUUUUAAUUCAUUUAAAUACGGAAGUCAUUUGCCAUUGGACACACAUACAACUCAAUUACUACCCAUGAACAUGUUUGCAUAUACACACACAAAAUCACAGUUUUGAAUUCUCCACAAGGCCUAUUCUACAAUACAUAUGAGAGAAAAAAAAAGGGGGGGGGGUUUCAGAAUUUGAAAAUGACAUUGAUUCAAGUUGGCACA